GAUGGAGACACAUGGGGAGACAUGGAAAACGUUUAUAAUACUUUUAUGCAGUUCCAUAUGGUGUUUUUGCCAAUGGAUGCAUUUAUUGGAUGCUCUAGACAGGGAUAAUCACGGAAUUUAACUUAGCUGAUGAAAUUUUUGCUGAAUUGUUUGCUUGUUCGCUUCCUGGGAUGCCUGGUUAGGAUCCUAGACUUGGAUUAUUGGGGGAUUAUAUGAUUGCUACCGACAAAGACAAGACUGAAACUGCUAGGAUAUGGCUAUGGAAAAAGAAGGAAGAUGAGGCAUGGAGUUGGAGUGAGGAGUUCAGUUUAAGUGAUUUGGAUCCAGGCAGUAAUCUAAUUUCCCUUACAAGUAGUGGCGAAGUUCUAUGUUAUUCGGAUACCAAGGUCACACAUUAUGAUCCAAAACCUCCUUCUUCCAAAAUGCUGCUUGUGGAUUUUGGUAAAAAUAUCCGUCAAGCAAAAUCUCAUGUGAACACCUUGAUUUCACUGAAAGCAUUAGGAGAAGAUACAUAAUACAGUGAUCAGCCGAGGCAACAGCAGUAGGAAGAAAGAGAUCUGCACGUACCUAUAUAAUCCUGGCCUUAAAUUUUUUUAAAAAAAGAUUCUCCCUUAAUUCCAAGCAGAGGGCUAUUCACCCCGUAUCCAUCAAAUGGCUAGCAAGAUGAGGGCAAAGCAAUUUGGCUUUUUAUGCCAUGGAAAUUAGGAAGCUCCUGAUUCUUUAGCUGGAUAGGCGGAUCCAGUGUUUGUUUGAAGUCUUUUUUAUAAUAUCAUUUGUUGGAACUGCCAGAUUGGAAAAUGCCAACAAGAGGAUCCAUUUCAGAGUUAAAAGAUAUCGUAAUAUUGAUACACUUCAGACUGUCAUCCUGGAGCAGAUGGAGCACCACUUGUUCUUACUGGUCUAUCGAAUUGGAUGCCCAUACGCCACAGCUUAACUGGUAUCCGACCCUAUAUUGUCAACCGUGAUUCUUUAGGGUUAGCAAUUUUGCCGGAAACCAUAACCGCCACAAACUCAUAACCGCCACAAACUCCUGCAGUAUCUUGUAUCCCAAGUAAUAUUCUUCUAUAUAAACUUCUCUCACAGUAAACAAUCAAAUCCUCGAAACCCAACCCUAAUCUUCUUGGAUCUCAAAACCCUAAUCAUCUUCACGAUGUCUUCCUCUGCUGCUGUUACUGCUAAUGAGUUUAAACUCAUUGGUCCUCCAUCAAUACAGAAGCGAACUGUUUCACCUCCUCCAAGUGGAAACGCUUUCAUAGACCUAAUGGUUAAUAACUUCAACAAUUUCUCGAAAGCGGCUGCUCCUCCUGCUCCUAUUCCCUAUCAUCUUAGAGGUUUUACAGAGAACGGAUCAGCAACAUAUGUUUCCAGUGAUAAUCCAUUAGUUGAUUUCUUCUUCCAUGUUGUCCCUGAUACGCCACACCAAAGCGUAACCCAGAGAUUAGAAAAGGCUUGGAAACACGAUUCCUUAACAACUUUGAAGUUGCUCUGUAACUUGAGAGGUGUGAGAGGAACUGGUAAAUCAGAUAAAGAAGGGUUUUAUGCUGCAGCGUUGUGGCUUCAUAAGAAUCAUCCUAAAACCCUAGCUAUUAAUCUUAAAGCUAUGGCUGAUUUUGGGUAUUUCAAAGAUUUACCUGAGAUUCUAUAUAGAUUACUGGAAGGGAUUGAGAUCCGAAAGGAACAAAAAAACAAAUGGACGAUUGAGAAGCAUAGUUAUCCAGUUGAUCCCAAGACUCGGAAACGUGCUUACAAGAAUCCAAAUCCUGUGAACGGUGUACAGGAGAACAAAAAGAGUAGGAAGGAAAAGGCUACUGAGUUGUUGAAGAGUAGGAAGGAAAAGGUUACUGAGUUGUCAAAAAGAGCACUCGAGAGGUAUGAAAAAGAUGCCGAGUAUAGAAACUUGCAUGAUAAAAUAUCUGAUCUUUUUGCCGAAUUUUUAAUCUCUGAUUUGAAGUAUCUGAAUUCUGGUGAGAUUGGUAAGAUUAGUUUAGCUUCGAAAUGGUGUCCUUCUUUAGAUUCUUGCUUCGAUAAGGCUACUCUUUUGUGCGAAGGUAUUGCUAGAAGAAUUUUUCCGCGUAAUUCGAAUCCUGACUAUGAAAAUCUUGAAGAGUCUCAUUAUGCUUAUCGGAUUCGUGAUCGCUUGAGGAAAGAAUACUUGGUUCCUCUACAUAAAGUGUUGGAAUUGCCUGAAGUUUACAUGAGUUCUAAGAUGUGGGAAUCGUUGCCGUAUAAUCGUGUUUCUUCUGUUGCUAUGAAGAAGUACAAGAGUUUCUUUGAAGCACAUGAUAAGGAAAGGUUUAAUAUGUAUCUAGAGAGUGUUAAAAAAGGAGAGAAAAAGAUCGCUGCUGGUGCAUUAUUACCUCACGAGAUCAUUGCUUCUUUGAAUCACAAUAGAGAUGGUGACUGCAGCGUUGCUGAGCUGCAAUGGCGUAGAAUGGUGGAUGAUUUGUCGAAAGUUGGAAAGUUAAAUGACUGUCUUGCAAUCUGUGAUGUAUCUGGUAGUAUGGCAGGAAUUCCAAUGGAAGUCUCUGUUGCUCUUGGUUUGCUAGUAUCAGAAAUGAGUCAAGAACCGUGGGAAGGAAAACUUAUCACUUUCAGUAACAACCCCCAACUUCAAAUAAUUCAAGGCGACAAUUUGAUAUCAAAGACGAGCUUCAUUCGACAGAUGGAAUGGGGGAUGUCAACUGAUUUUCAGAAGGUGUUCGACGAAAUACUGAAAGUUGCAGUGCAAGGGAAAUUGAAGGAAGAUCAGAUGAUAAAGCGGCUUUUUGUGUUUAGUGACAUGGAGUUCAACCAAGCUUCAGGGAAGAGUUACUACGGUUACUAUGGUCAGUCGAGGUUGAGUCAAGCUGCAACAUGGGAGACGGACUACCAGGUGAUACAGGAUAAGUACAGGAUGAGUGGAUACAUGAACGUGCCUGAGAUUGUGUUUUGGAACCUUCGAGACUCUAGCUCAACUCCGGUAUUGGGUCAGCAAAAGGGCGUGGCUUUGGUUAGCGGGUUCUCGAAGAAUUUGUUGAAACUUUUCCUUGAAGGUUCGGAUUUAAGUGAAAUUACACCCAUUAGAGUGAUGGAGAAAGCAAUCGCUGGUGAGGAAUACAACAAACUUGUUGUAGUUGACUGAUUGAUUCUUUAUCCUCAGUUCAAGAACCUGACAAGCAUGUCAAGGAUGCAAACUGUGCUCUGAGCGCUAUUUAUUUAGUUUUUCUUACGGAUGGAUAACUUUAUGCUCAGGAAAAAUAAAAUAAAUCAUGUACAAAAAAUAUUCGUCCAAGUUAUCACAGUUCUUGUACUCGACUGAACAGAUUAGCAUUGAUGUGUGCUUGCUGGGCUACGGAUAUCCCCCCUAAAGCCUCUUUUAUGUUA